UGAUCCUCUUUUCCCUCUAAUUUCAGCUCUGGCAUUAUUUCCCAGAGUACCAGUGGUUGGUGGAUUUUACAGUUGUAGCUACAGUUGUCUACCUUAUUACUGAAUUCUACUAUUGUUAAUGAAGCCAUCUGGUGAGAUGAAUAUCAGCAUAGUAUGGGAGUCUAUUGGUUCUGGCGUUUGUUUUGAAGGUUCUCUUUUCGUUAACUACCCAUUACUUUCAUGUCCAGGAAGGAGGGGAGAGAUCUGUUUGCAUUACAUUUGCUGCCUUCUUUUUUGUCAAAGCAAUGGCCAUCCUGAUUGUGACUGAAAAUUAUUUAGAAUUUGGCCUAGAAACAGGUUUUACAAAUUUUUCUGAAAGUGCUGUGCAGUUUCUUGAGAAGCAGGGACUUGAGUCUCAGGGCCCUAUUUCCAAAUUAACAUUUAAACUACUCCUAGCUUUUCUGUGCUGUGUAAUCGGUGCAUUUUUAACAUUUCCUGGCUUGCGUUUAGCUCAGAUGCACCUUGAUGCACUGAAUUUGACAACCGACAAAGUAACACAGACACUCCUACAUAUCAACUUUUUGUCUCCUUUAAUCAUGGUCUUACUGUGGGUGAAACCAAUAACAAAGGACUACAUAAUGAAUCCAACUUUGAGUAAAGAAAGUGUGCCUUUAAUGACUGAAGCCACCUAUGACACACUUCGCCUGUGGAUUAUCAUUUUGUUGUGUGUACUGAGACUGGCAAUGAUGCGCCAUCAUUUGCAAGCUUACUUGAACCUUGCCAAAAAAUCUGUGGAUAAAAUGAAGAAGGAGGCUGGCAGAAUUAAAACAGUUGACCUUCAAAAAAUGGUUGCCAGAGUAUUUUAUUACUUGUGCGUAAUAGCACUUCAAUAUGUGGCCCCACUGGUCAUGUUACUUCAUACCACACUACUUCUCAAAACUUUAGGCAAUUAUUCCUGGGGUGUUUACACAGAGAGUGAACAGACAAACUCAGAUCAGGUUUUGGAUCCUUCUGAGCCACUUCCUGCUCCUGAUGCCACAAAAGUCUCUUUGGCACAAAUAACAUUGGCCUUGGGAGGCCUCGGAAAUGUUUUUAGUCCUCUCUUGUUUCGUGGCCUUUUUUCCUUCCUGACUUGGUGGAUCGCUGCAUGUUUGUUUUCUACUAGUCUGUUUGGACUUUUUUAUCAUCAGUACUUAACAGCUGCAUAGCCAUCUACUGUAUGUAGACUGAAAGCCAAACAAGCAAAGUGCACAACUGAAAAUGGUACAUGUGAUAAAUGAGAUGACUGCUGCAUUGCUACAAAAACAUUUGAAUUUAGUCCUCUUUUCUCACUGUCUCAGCAAGUUAAUGCAUAUCAGCAGAAACUAUGACAACUACUGUGCUUCCUACAUUUGAAUAAAUUAAGAGUCUUAAAAAGUAACAGGGAUUCAAUUCCUUGUGUUUUUGAGAAUAUUCGAACUCAUCACUUAUUCACUUGAAUAGUGGCAACAAAAAUAGGUAAAUAAACAUUCUGGUUUUGGCUCUUAAGCUGCUAAAGACAAGGAAGUAGUGUAAUGUGAGUACACAAGACUGUUAUAUUUCCUGUAUUUACAUUAUAGGUAAAUUGAAAUGUGAACAGAAAAUGUUAUGUAUUUCUUGUAUUAAUGUUUCAUUCAAACUGAGCCAUAGUUAACAAAAGCAGAUGAGUUUCUCAUGAAGAUUUAUUGUUCUUAGCACAGUCAUGUGUAAUACUGUCCAGCCAGUCUGUUUUAUGUCCCCUGUUCAUUAAUCUUUCUUAUUUUUGUAAAGUUUUUUAUAUAU